AUGCUUGGUGUCCGUUCCAUGGGAGCCUGCGUGGCCCCCGGCGCUGUCCGACUUGGGCCUGAUUUAAACCAGAUCUGGAACAAGUGUGGACCAGAUUUGGACCAGAUCUGGAGUGGAUUCGCGGGGACUAGAAGAACGAGGAGGAAGAGGGGGAACAGGAGGGGAGAGGAGGAAGUGGGUGCAGACAAGAGGUGCAACAAAAGGGGUGAAACGUCUUCGCAAAGACCUUCAGUGCUCCAUGCGAGGGCCGACAUCCCUCUGGCAGCUAUGGUGAAGAACUCUGGGGGCAACCUGCAAGCAGUAGAACGCCACGCUUGUCACUUCGGCAUUAUGACAUAG